AUGAACGAGGAAGAUUCUAGUGAUAUUAUGAUGAAUGCAUGGAUUUAUAAUAAUAAAGCAAAAAAUAUGCUAAUAACUUCUUUCUCAGCAUUUUAUGCGUUUAUAGUUAUUCUUUUUGCACUUGUUUUAGAAUUAGCACAAAUAUAUGAUGUUGAAAAUGAUGAUAAAAAAUAUAAAGAAGAUAAUUAUAAUCAUACAAUACAUAAUAAUUAUUCAGAUACUACAGAAGGUCAAUUUAAUAAUUAUAAAAAUAUUCUUUUUGGUAUUUAUAUGUAUGGUGGAUCACUAGCAAUUUUUAUUUUUUUUUAUAUAUAUUUGUUAUUUAAAAAGAAACCAAGUAUGAAAAAAUGUCUUAAUUCUGUGUCAUCAGAAGUUUCUAUUGAAAGUGUUAUUACAGAUUCAGGAAGUUUAACAUUACCAUUUAGAAAUGUUACUCAUGAUCGUCCCUCAUCAGGGAGUUUAUUUGAAAGAUUAGGAAUGGUUAUAUUUGGUAUUAUUGGUGUUGUUUAUUAUGCUUUUCCAUUAUUUAUUUAUGUUGGAGACCAUGAAUAUAAAGUACUAAAACUUGUCCAAGAUAUUUUAUCAAUAAUAUUCUUUUUUAUUCAAAUGCAUUUCUUAUUUUGUAAUUCAAGUCUUAAUAUUAAUUCAUAUCAUUGUUUGGCAAAAUUUGGAUAUAUGCAUUUAAUAUCAACAAAUAUCUGGACAUGGAUAAGAUAUAUAUUAAUUGAAGAAACACAUAUGAAACAUGAAAUAAAAGAUAUAAUUUUAGCUGAUGAAGAAUUAUUAAAUAUGUAUCAUAAUACAACAUCAUUAUUUCCUUAUUCACAAAAAGGAAAUCAUACUUGUAGUGGAGCAAGUUGUGUUAUGGAACAUUUUGGUGCAAUUAUGUAUACUUGUAUUGUUGAAUAUUCAUUAAUAUGUGCUGGUAUAACAUUUAGUUUAUGGAGAAAUAUGAGUGUAUGUAAAAAUAAAGAUUUAACAUAUGUUAGUAGAAAGAAACAUAUUAGAAUUGACUGUUCAAAUACAACAACAGGAUUAUUUAGUGGUCUUGCUUUCCUUACAACAACUUUAACAUGUACAGCUUUAUUUUAUAGUUUUCAAAUGGUACAUGAAGGACAAAAAGCUAUUGUUUUAUUUAAUACAACUGAUUUGUUACAAUAUUCAAUAACAAUAUUUGUUUGUUGUUUUGCAGCAUGGAAAAUGAGAUUUUUUCAAUAUAAUGAUAUAAAAAAUGUUUCAUUAAGAAAUCAACAAUAUCUUGAUAGUUUAUUAUUACUUCUUGGUGUUAUGGGUGAAUUAUUAUAUUCUAUAACAGGCGUUGUUGGAUUAUUAGGAGCAAAAGAAUUUAAUAGUUUUAAUAUUCUUUUAAUAAUUACACACCUUGUAAGAUUAUGUCAAGUUGCAACACAAAGUUGUUUAAUAUAUAUAGCAAUGCAUUUAAAAGCAUGUACUGAAGGAUUAAUUAAUGAUAAAAAAAAACCUGGAAAAGAAAUAAUAACAUUUUUAAUAAUUUGUAAUAUGUCAAUGUUUAUAAUGAAUAUGCUUGAAACUGGGCAUGUUGGUGCAUCAGAAGAAAUUAUUAAUUUUUAUGGAAAAUAUUCAUGGAUUGUUCUUGUUAGAAGUUUUUCACCAUUAACUAUAUUUUAUAGAUUUCAUUCUGCUGUUUGUUUUGUUGAAAUAUGGAAGAAUGUUUAUUCAAAUAAAUGA